AUGUCUCAACCAUCGUCACCCCCCUCUCCGGUCCUUCUUUCCCUCGCAAAGGCUUACCUUCAUGACCCGGCCCAUCUCCACAAAAUCAUCAUCCCGCAACUAACCCACCGCCUGCGCCUCGCGACCCUCUGGUCCAUCGCACCCUCGACAAAAGUCCUCGACAUCGGCUGCGGCCAGGGCGACUCAGCGCUCGCCCUCGCCCACGUUGUGGGUUCGCUCCCUCCGGAUGCAAGCGACACCGCCAGCGCCGGGGCGGCGCCAUCAGAUGGCCCACCCGGCACCAGCCCCGGCCACGUAACGGGCCUGGACCCCGCCCCUGGUGGCUACGGCUCCCCGUACACCCUCGCCGAAUCCCAGGCCCACAUCCUCUCCUCCCCCUACGGCGCGCGCGUCACCUUCCAUCAGUCCGACGCGCCGGGCUACCUCGCCGCCCACCCCUCCGCGUCCUUCGACUACGCGACCCUGUGCCACUCGCUGUGGUACUUCCCUUCCGCCGCCGCCGUCUCCGCCCUCUUUGAGGCGCUGCACUCGUCGGGGCGGGUUGGGAGGCUCUGCUUCGCCGAGUACUCCCUCAAAGCCAGUACCCCCUCUCAGAAGCCGCACGAGAUGGCCGUCGCGGUCCAGAGGCGGUUCCACCAGCUCCGCGGGGAUAGGGGGUUCACCCUGAGCCAGGCCAAUGUCCGCGGCGCGCUGGACCCGGACGAUAUGGUGACCCUGGCGCAGGGGGCCGGGUGGAAGCUGAAGAAAAGGGGCGUGGUUGAUACGCCGGGGAUGCUGGAUGGGCAGUGGGAGGUCGGUGCCGUGGUUGAUCCUAGCUGGGCGGAGGAGGUUGUCGGAGAGGGCUUGGCAAAGGAGGUAGAAGAGGAGCUGCUGGGAAAUGUUGCUGACAUCAAGGCUGCCGUCGCCAACUUGAAGGAGAACGGGGAGAGUGUUGCGACGAUGGAUGCUGUCUGGGUGGUUAUGGAGCCUUGA